CAUGCACUUAUUUGCUACAUAUUUGGAUACCCAAUUAGUACCUUUGCCGCAGCAGUCAGAUGGCAAGCCUUUCUCUUCUCAGUAUCUAAGUACUAAUAUAUCUGAAAAGCCUAUUCAAGUACCAGGAAAAUUCAAAAUUCACCAGACUAAUCUUAAUCCGCCAUGCUAUAUUUUCGUUACGGAUACUGCUAUCAAUGCCCCUUCCAAGGGUCGCAAUAAUUUAUUCCACACAUUAGUUUUAUUUUUGCAUUAUAUAAGCACUGAGCACAAUAGUAUGCUUGGACGUGUAAGUUUAGGUCCUGCAGGCAUAAAUAUUUUAUGGGUAAUCGGCAAAAAAUGAUGAACGGCAUGAAAUAAUUUGAUAUGUUU